AAUUUUCAUUCUAUAUCAAUCGUCAUAACUAUGAAGUUGUUAGUGGCUUUGGUUCUGUCUGUCGUCCUAGCCUCAGUGGCUGCCGACGAGAAGCGUGUCUUCUGGAAGGAUGUCCCCGUGGGCAAAUCCGUACAGGGACGCAUCACCAUGGGCUAUCCAGCCUAUGAGGGCAAAGUUCCUUACAUUGUUGGCCUGAUGUUCAGCAAGGAGAAUGGUGGCACCUGGUGCGGUGGUUCCAUCAUUGGCAACACCUGGGUGAUGACUGCCAAGCAUUGUACCGACUCCAUGGAGGCUGUGACCAUCUACUACGGUGCUGUGCAUCGUCUGCAGGCUCAAUACACCCACUGGGUUAGCCGCAAUGACUUCAUUGAGCAUGGAAGUGGCGAUAUUUCUUUGAUCCGUACUCCCCAUGUGGACUUCUGGUCGCUGGUUGAUCGCGUCGAAUUGCCUAGCUUCAAUGAUCGCUACAACAACUAUCAGGGUUGGUGGGCUCUGGUCUCUGGCUGGGGUAAGACUUCUGAUGAGGGCGGCGUUUCUGAAUAUCUGAACUGUGUGGAUGUGCAAAUUGGUCCCAACUCCGAUUGUGCCUCAUACUAUGGCUCCUUCUCGGAUGAUUUGAUCUGUAUCCCAACGCCCGAGAACAAGGGCACCUGCAGCGGUGAUUCUGGCGGCCCAUUGGUUAUCCACGACGGAAACCGUCAAGUGGGUAUUGUCUCCUUUGGCUCCUCGGCUGGCUGUCUGUCCAACGGCCCUAAGGGUAUGGUGCGUGUUACCAGCUACUUGGAUUGGAUUCGUGACCACACUGGAAUUGCUUACUACUAAAUUUUUACACAUUAUUAAAGUGCAUAGAAAAUCAAA